AUGAACACUCCGCCCAAGUUCUCCCACUCCCGGCAGGGCUCCGUCGACCUCCCUUCCUCCUCCUCCGCCGCCCAUCUCCACCAUCCCUCCUUGUCCGGACACGCCCCCAGCGGCUCCCACACCCCUGGCCACCACUCUCCUCUGACAACCUACGGUCACGCGCUCGCAUCCCUCGCCUACCCCGCUUCGUCCUAUUCGCAUUCGCCUUACCGCUCGGCUCAAAAUCUGCCUGUCGGAUCGUGGGCUGCCAACAAUCCAUCCGCACUCCACAGCAGCGCUCCUCCUUCCUCCUCCAAACGCAGCCAGAGCCGCGAUGCAGAUGAAGACGACGAAGAAGACGACGACGAGGAUGAUGACGACGAUGACGAUGGUGACAGCGACGAUUCCGACGACUCGGACGACGAUGACGAAGACGACGAUGACGGCGAUCAGACCAACGACGGCAAGCCAAAAGGCGCAAACAACAAGCGCAAACGCGACGCAUCCCCCAAGAACGCAAGUGCAAAGAAGAAGGCCACCGCCAAGGACAAGCAGGGCGACAAGUCCGGCGGCGCCAACGGCACAAAGGACGGCGCCACCGGCCAAAAGAAGCAGAAACCCACCCGAGGCGCCCGCGCCUGCACAAACUGCCGUCGCCUCAAGAUGCGCUGCGUAGGCGCCGAAAAGGGCCCUCCCUGCAACCGAUGCCGCAACGGCAACCACGAAUGCAUCUUCGAGGAAAGCAAUCGCGGCAAAAAGGGCGGCAAAAAUCAAAAGGCAGAGGCCAUGCAGCAGAGCCUGCGCAAGAUGGAGCAGACCCUCGCCACCGUCCUCCGCAGCAUCCGCGACCCAGGCCUCGCCGCACAGCACGGCGGCAUGGUCACCCGCUCGCCCUCCCCCACCUUCCCGCGCGAGCCCGAACGCGCUCCCAAAGAGCCACAACGCUCAGACCCCCGCCUCACCCACUCCCACUCCUUCUCCUCCGCCGCAGACUACGGUCCACGCUCGCCCUGGACCCGUGGCCCGGAUCCUUACAGCCAGCACGGCACCCACGCAUCGGGCUCGCCCGCUCG